AUGCUCCCCGCCGCCCCUCGCGCCCUGCUACUCAGUGGGGCAAACGGCCCGGGCGCCGGCCCCGCCGUGGUCCCGCCCGCUCGCAACGCUGUCACCGCGAGCCCCUGCCCCGAGUGGAGGCGCCCCCCGCCUACCCCGCCACCUCACGCGCCGCACGGGCCCCACCGCCCUCCUCGAGCGCCGCACGGAACCUGCACGGGCCCGACCCGAACGUGGGCGCCGCAAGCACAGGGCGCGGGCGCCGCCGACUUACCUUCCUCUGCGGUGUCCAUCUUGUCUGGGGGGGCGGCGGUGACGCAGCCGCGAGGCUCCAGCGGCCGAGGCCGGAGCCUUCCGGCCGGGGCGGGGAAGGGGAAGGGACGGGGAGGAAGGAGGAGGGAGCGGAGCCGGGCCCGGGCAGGCCGCGGGGUGGCCACCGUCGUCGGCCGCGGGCCACUUGGGCUUUGUCCAGAGGGCUGUGCGGCCGGAGAGGCUGAAACCUUAGAAGGAGCUGAACUCUAA